CGAGGCUCUCCCGCGGAAGCCGCCAGUGGGAGCGGCCGCCGGCGGAGUCUCUUUGGCCGUCCCCGGCCCUGUUUCCUGGCGGGCGGGCGGCUGGUGGCGCGGGAUCGCUGGCGCGAUGGUCCGGGCGCAGCAACCGGGAGUUUCCUGCGCGGCCCGGAGGCGGGGCCGGGAAGCCUCCUUUGUGUCCGGCCUCAGGAUUUUCUAGAGUGUACAGGAAUGAUGAAAUAAUCCAGAUUACAAGGGAUCUGGGAAGACAUCGGAGUUUUCGACAUAGCAAAAAGAUAGACAGGCGUCACCUUAUGUUUUGGAACGGCUCCUUCUGAGUGAGAGAACCCAAGUGAAGGAAAUAGGUCACUGGCAGCUUAGUGUCCCCUUCUGCAUUCCACCCGCAAGGUGUCACAGUUGAGAUGAGGACUUCAGAAGAGCAAACGGCCACGACAGUUUUACAGCGUUUGCUGCAGGAGCAGCUGCGAUAUGGGAACCCAAAUGACAGCCGCAACCUUCUUGCCUUGCACCAACAAGCCACGGGUAAUGCACCCCCUUUUGCCAGCAGCGGGAGCCCAGGGGUUCCAAAUGAAGGGCUGAGCCCCCAGGACCAUCAGGUUGGCACCCAUGUUGCUCGCCAGGAGCCUCAGGGCCAGGAGAUACAACUGGACAACAGCAUCAUGGAAAAGCAGCUCUCCACAAGACUCCAGAAUAGCGAAGAUCUCCCAACCUAUGAGGAAGCCAAAGUCCAGUCUCAGUAUUUUAGGGGCCAGCAGCAUGCCAGCGUUGGGGCAGCAUUUUAUGUGACAGGAGUCUCCAACCAGAAGACGAGGACUGAAGGGCGUCCCACCGUUCAGCGGGUAAGCCCAGGCAAAGUCCACCAGGAUGAAGGACUUAAGGACCUUAAGCAAGGACAUGUUCGCUCCCUGAGUGAGAGGCUGAUGCAGCUGUCACUGGCCACCAGCGGUGUGAAGGCCCACGCUCCUGUCACCAGUGCCCCACUGUCUCCGCUUUCCUCUCAGCAGACAAAUGACCUGUACAAGAGCUCAGGAGCCAGCGAGUUCUUUAAAGGUUCUGUACCCAGCCCUCCUCAGUCAAGCAUGAAAGGGAUGGAGUACAGAGGUCCCCCUCCAGAGUAUCCUUACAAAAAUAUGACUACCCCACCUAUGAGCUGUAAGCCACAGGACCCUGGGCAUUACUAUGGUGACCAUCGCAUGGCCCAGCAAGGCAGAUCUGAUGGGCCCAUGAUGAGGUACCAGCAUCCUCCUGAGUAUGGGUCAGUCAGGCAGAAUCCAGAUCUCCAGCUGCAUUUACAGCAGAGACCUCCUCACCAUCACAGCCCAACAUCUUCAUUAACAUCUUUGGGAUCUUUGACGUUGCUGCAGUCGCUGCCACCAUCCAGGCUGUCUCCUUCUCAGCAUCAGCCUCCACUUACUCCCAGCCAAGGAGAUCCAUUCUCUCUGCCACGGACCCAGCAGCUGUUUCUGUCCAACCAGGUCCAUCAGGGAGAUCUUUACCGACUGUGUCAACCUGUUAUUGGACAACAGCAACAUCCACAAGGGGAUUCAUAUUCAGCACUGCCAAGGCCUCAGCCAGCACCUUCUCCUUACCAGCAGUUGACAGUGGAUCCUUUUGCCAUUGUCUCCCGGGCUCAGCAAAUGGUGGAGAUCCUAUCGGAGGAAAAUAGGUCUCUACGGCAAGAGCUAGAUGGGUGUUAUGAAAAAGUAGCAAGGCUUCAAAAGUUGGAAACAGAAAUUCAGCAAGUUUCAGAGGCCUAUAAAAAUCUGGAAAAGUCUUCCUCAAAGAGGGAAGCCUUGGAAAAGGCCAUGAGAAACAAGCUGGAAGGGGAAAUCCGCAGGCUUCAUGACUUCAACAGGGACCUCAGAGAACGCAUGGAGACAGCUAACAAGCAGCUGGCAGAAAAAGAGUUUGAGGGUUCUGAGGAUAACAGGAAAACGAUCUCCCAGCUCUUUGCACAAAACAAAGAAACCCAGAGGGAGAAAGAGAAGUUGGAGGUUGAACUGGCAGCUGCUCGCUCCACGAAUGAGGAUCAACGGAGGCACAUUGAGAUUCGGGACCAGGCCUUGAACAAUGCUCAGGCCAAGGUGGUGAAACUGGAGGAAGAGGUAAAGAAGAAGCAUGUUUAUGUGGACAAGGUGGAGAAGAUGCAACAGGCGUUGGCUCAGCUGCAGGCCGCCUGCGAAAAACGAGAACAGCUGGAGCACCGGCUUAGAACUAGGCUGGAGAGGGAGCUGGAAUCCCUCCGGAUGCAACAGCGACAGGGUACGUCUCAGCCCGCCAGUGUCUCCGAGUGCAAUGCCACCUCCCUUAUGGAGCUCCUGCGUGAAAAGGAGGAGAGGAUCCUCGCUCUGGAAGCUGACAUGACCAAGUGGGAGCAGAAGUACCUAGAAGAAAGUGUGAUGCGUCAAUUUGCAUUGGAUGCAGCUGCUACUGUUGCUGCACAGAGGGAUACCACAGUCAUCAGCCACUCCCCUAAUGCCAGUUACGACACUUCCCUGGAAGCUCGUAUUCAGAAGGAAGAAGAGGAGAUUCUGAUGGCAAACAGGAGGUGCCUUGACAUGGAAGGCAGGAUCAAGACUCUCCAUGCUCAGAUCAUUGAGAAGGACGCCAUGAUCAAAGUCCUCCAGCAGCGGUCCCGGAAGGAGGCCAGCAAGACCGAUCAGCUGUCUUCCAUGAGACCAGCCAAGUCCCUCAUGUCGAUCUCCAACACUGGGUCCGGCCUGCUUUCCCACUCCUCCACCCUGAGCAGCACCCCCAUUCUGGAAGAAAAGAGGGAGGACAAGAGCUGGAAAGGCAGCUUAGGUGUUCUGCUGGGAACAGAAUGCCGCUCAGAAUCCAUCCCGUCAACCCCCUCACCUGUUCUGCCUUCUACUCCGCUACUCUCUGCACAUUCAAAAACCGGCAGCCGAGACUGUAGCACUCAGACAGAUCGUGGCAGCGAGCAGAACAAGAUCCCCGUCUCUGCAGCAACACCCCCGGUGCAGGGGAGGCUCCCUGCUAUGAAUCUGUCCUACACUGCAGAGAAAGCAGAUGGCUCAGUUUUCCAUUCCAGCACUCUGGAAAGAAAAAACCCCAUUCAAAGCUUGGGGCAGGACCUCAACGAUGCAGAAAUGGUGGAGUAUCUUAUCUGAAGUAAUGCAAAGCUGGAGUAAAACAGCAAGCACCAUCCCCCUCCUGGACCUCUUCUUUUUUAAUUAGCAAAUUGUAGUACCUGAUUCAUAAAGGAAUGUACAGUUGUAUGCUGCGGUAUAUAUACAUUCUCAAAAGGAUGGACAGGUUAACUUAUAAUUUGUUCCAAAACAGUAAAGUAGACUUGGUCUCUUUGAGAAGAUGAUUUUCUACAAACACCUUUUAAAACAAAAUACUGGAUCUGGUAGCAUCUGGAUAAAAUCAAGGUCUUAAAUGCACUAAUUUUUUUAAUGUCAGUAUUUUUUAAUAAAAACGUUUAUUUUUUAAGAAAAGAAAAAUCACUGUUAGGCAUUGAAGUCUAAAUGCCUUUGCAAAGCCUGUCAUCUCCAGGUUUUUCAGUGGCCACACAAUAUCACGGUGCUGUCAUUUUUUGUUGUCAUUUAAGUGUCCUGAAUAUUCAGAUAUUUCUGAGAAACAUUAUAUGAACCUCCAAGAGUUGUAAGGAAACUCUCCUCUCCUUGGGAGAGUGUGUUUGUUUUCACUAAACAUUCCAGGAUGGAGCAAAUGUUAUGUUUUUGCAGUGUGCCUGCGCUUCCGUAGUUUCUUCCUCUCAGCGUUCUGUCCUCCUCUUAGACACCCUGAGAUUAAAAGAGUUUCCGUUUUCAUGCAUGCCAAGGGGUUUUUUUUCCCCUUCGGGGUUUUACCACACAAGCAGUGUCAACUUGUUCCACUUGUCAUUCUGUUCCCUGUGAUUCAGCUGCCUUGACUGAAAUCUAUCCUGCAUUCUUUUAGUCGCUGUGUAUCAAACCGCAGCGGGGCCUGGGCAUUUUUCUGGAGCUGAGCUUUGAGUCUUCACGUGACCAAAGUGAAGAUUUUUCUAUGUUGUAUUUUCCAGACUUCCAAAAUGCCUUGUUAGACUGUCACCACCUCAUUCCAGGACAGCAGCUUUUCUUCUGAUACUUGUAUAUUAAUAGAUAAGAAUUUAGUGCCUUACUCAAGGUAAUAGUGAUACUGGAGUCAGUGUUUUGAGAAAUAAAGGAACCCUCCAUGUUGCCAAUAUUACAUUUUCCUGAAAUGCUCUUUUUUUCUGCACAAAUUAAAUAGAAAACUAUUGUUUACUGUGGAAAUAUCACACCUGCUUAGUAACUUCCAUUUUUAUGUCUCUGGGAGCCUGCAUAAAUCUUGCAGCAUUGGGCAAAUGAUUUCUCUUCAGUUCACGGUGUUGAAAUUAACUGUUCAAAUGGCUCCCCAGCUUCUCUCCGGUUAGUUGGUUCCAGGGUUCUCCCUCUGCUGAAGGGCAGGGGGGGGUUCUUGAGAAGCUUUGUUUCACUUGGCACUUGUCUCCCACUUGCUGUGCUACUUGUGGGCAUUGAGGGAAAGCCCCGGCCUGUGCCGGUCAGUUAGGGUCUGUUAGCUAAGUGCUGUUUUUCUCAAGUGAAUCUGGAGGACUUAAGAUAGCCACAUAUCUUAGGGUCACACACAACUUUCAGUCUAUUUGUCUAGAAAGAAAUGCAGGUACUUGUCAAACUGCACACUUCCUCCCCUUUCAUAAAGCUGCUUCAUACUGGAAAUGAGACAAAUAUAAAAUUGUGAUGACUUUCAUGCUUGAACCAAACUUUAGAUUAAGGGUUUAACAUAACAUGAACGUGUAAUAAAAGCAAAGUUGUAGGCGGUCUUGGGGAAACGCUGUAGUUCUUUCCGACAAGCAGAUGGAUGGAUUCUUGGCUGAUUUCCCUCUUAAACACUCCAGUGUCUUUGCUGCAAUUCCAUUUCAUUAGGAACGGCCCUGAGGCUGAAGUCGCUGAUCAGCCAGGGGAAAGUUGCAGUGUUCUAAACACAUUGAAUGUCUUUGCUUGGUGCCUCUAUAUAUUUCUUCCUUGUACCUGUAUAGGAACUUGUGUUUUUAUGUCUAGAAUGUAAGCCUUAUAAUUGUAACUGUACUGUAUUUAUGAAUACAUUUCUGUCUGCAAAGAUGUUAAUUCCUAGGAUGGUAUUAGUUCUGUAUCUUUCAGUAACUGCUUAAGCAUUCUGAAGAAACUGCUGAAGCACAAUUUUUUUCUUCCCCUUCUGUGUCCAGUGCUAACUCCAAGGCCCCUAACUGGGCAUUUUCUGGUGGGUUUUUUUGCACAGGGCUCCUCUGCCUUUAGUAGUAGCACAACGACAUUAUUUUCUUGUUCCUGCAUCCUGAGACCAAAGAAUGAUCAGCUGCUUUAUUUUCUGGGGUUCAAAGAAAAAUGGUGGCCACUCGGACCCCUGCCUUAACCACUGGGAUAGGGAAUGGCCAGCAGGAUGCCUCUCCUGCCAUGCGUUGAUUUCGUAUGAACCAACCAUAACCAGCUUUCGGGAGGGUGCAGGAUUCUCAUCUCUGCAGCACUCUUUCAGCCUUGGGGGUCUUCUUAAGAGUUCACUUUGUUUUCUCCGUGGGCCAAAUGUUGCCCCCCGAGAUUUCGAGGUUAUGGCCAGAGGGAACCCUCCACUUUCUUGGAGCUCUACUGGUGCCGAAUGGCAUGCCGCUCUCACUUCUCCCCUCCUGUUCCUGUCAUCUACCCAUCCCUGCCAUCGGGUGGAGCAAGUUGGGUUUGCCAUUUGUCCCACAGCAGGGGAAAGCCAGAACUGAGGUGGGGCAAGCAGGACUGGAGCAGGAGCACUGUCUUCUGAUGAUUGCCUGACUGCCCUGCAGAUCCAGUAUUUAUGAAGGCAGCUCCCUUCUUGUUUCCCAGACCUUCAGUGCAGCUCUAGGGAAGCCGCAGAUUCUGCAGCUCUGUGGUUCCUGCACUGUGCCGCUCCUCAGCUGUCUGCGUACUACCGCUGAUUGAAGCAUCCUUCAGAAGGUGGAGAUUCUAGGCCCAGUGCUACUCUCCAUCCUGACAUUAAAGUCAUCUGGGUGGCUCUUGGAGAGCUAUUAACACACAGUUGGUAAGUGGCAGCUGGGUGGGCCACAAGGUGAGUUAACCAGGCCUGAAGUUAUUAAAGAGGAGCCCUCUUGUCCACCAGGACACACCCAGGGUCUUUGGCAAACUCCUUCCUUCCUUGUUUCUGGCAGGGACCAGAAAACUGAAAUGUGCCUCAAGAUAGCCAGUUGGGGAUCCAGAUCUGUUAUCAGCAGACUGGAACUAUUAUGACUUCGGCUUUGGUGAAUGAAAGACCAUCUCAUAGAUGACAUGUUCAGUUUCUUCAUAAAUAUGAAACAAUAACUCUAGAAUCAAGUAACGUUCCAUAAAUUGUGUCCAGUAAGGUAGAGCUACAGGAGGAAGGGACCAAUGUAUGCUGCUUAUCUUUUAAAGUCCAAAAUACAAAAGACUAGU